UAAAGAUUCCUUCCAGGGAGUAAAGUUUCAUGGAAGCGCUGCCACAACCAAGAGCUGGGAUAAGGAAGCUGUAUUCCUGCCCUGAGUGUGGGAGGAAUUUCAAGCGGAAUUCUCACCUUGUUCGACAUAAGAGGCUCCACACGGGAGAGAAGCCCUAUCAAUGUCUUGACUGUGGGAAAAGCUUCAGACAGAGCACUGAUGUGAAUACACACCGGAGAAUCCACACAGGAGAAACCCCCUAUCAGUGCGACCAGUGUGGGAAAAGCUUUCGGUACAGGCCAAGUCUCCUGAAACAUUUGAAAUGCCAUGACGAAGAGAAACUCUAUAACUGCCUGGAGUGUGGGAAAAGCUUCAGCCCUAGCUUGCUUUCUGAUGCUGCUUGCCAGAAUAGUUGUGUGCAGCGGAAACCAUAUCGAUGCCCUGACUGUGAUGAAAAUGUCCAGGAGAUCUCAAAUCUUGUUGUACACCUAACGGUUCCCGCAGCAAGAGAAUCCUAUGUGUGCCCUGACUGUGGAAAAGGCUUCAGCUGCAGCUUCCAACUUAUUAAACAUAGGAGCCUCCAGAGUAGAUUUUCGAUUCCUGAUCCGAAUAGUCUUUGCAGUCUGGACCAGAGCCAAGGGUCUUUACCCUCAGAUCCUCAGGAUGUGGAGGAAAGGGAGAGCAUCUGUGAAGCGUGUGAUGACCUUGUGGGAGAGGAAUAUGAAGAAAAGGAUCCCCAGCAGAGGAUGGUUUUGCCUGCAAGAUCUUAUAGGACAUUAUUGGGAAGAUUUCACGGACUUGAUAGCCAAAAGCCUAAAGCCCAUAAGGGUAAGCCCAAGCGUGGAAAGUGGCAGUGGAAGCAUCCUGAGAUGGAGGAUGACGAAUCCGCUGAUAAGGAAGGAGCCGACUUACCUGCGUGUGGAAGACUGCUCAGCUCGGAGAGGAAGCACCUCUGCUGUAUGUGCGGGAAACAGUUCCGUUACGAGUCCCAGCUGGUCUCGCAUGAACGGAUUCACACAGGGGAGAAACCCUUUGAGUGCAGCAUCUGUAAGAAGAGUUUCCGUGAAAGAUCAGACCUGUGUAAACACCAGAAAAUCCACUCUGAAAGCAGGCCCUACAGAUGCCUGGAGUGUGGUAGAACCUUCCUUCACCAGUUGGCCUUUGUUAGACACCAGAGGUGUCAUCCGAAAAAGAAGGACUGUGAAGACAGCUGUGUGUAUGUUGCAGUCCUUCCUUCCUACAAGGUGGAUGCAGAAAUGAAUAUUGGGGGCGAAGUUCAACCUCCUGAAACUCUUAGCUUUAAUUUUAAACAAAAAGCCAAAGAUGGAAGCCUAGCAAUUAACUUCUCAUGGAAACUUCUGAUCUGUGAUAGGAGGGGAGAGAUUGGAAAUGCCUUAGAGGUAUUAAACAAUGUAAUAAGAAGGGAUAAAGAGAUUAUUGGACUAAAAUUGAAAGGAGAAGAAUACAAACUACUAGCUUUUGCUGAUGAUAUUGCAUUUAUUAUGGAACAACCGAAGGAAGUAGCCGUUAAACUAAAAGAAAGGAUUCAAGAAUAUGGACAAGUAGCGGGACUUAAAAUAAAUGUUAACAAAACUAAGAUUCUGACAAAAAAUAUGGAUGUGAAACAAAGAGAAAAUCUAUAUCAAGCUACUGGAUUUCAAAUUGUUGACAAGGUAAAAACCCAGUUUGAUCUUCAUGAAUAA